AUGGCCCAGGGCACGGGCCUUGGUAGAGUCAUGCCGCUCUCUGAGCAGCUCAGAGAGUAUGGGUCGGGAGAUGGGGUCUCCCCAGCGAUCUAUGUGUCCCUACAGCGCUGUGCGGGCUUUGGGUACGUCUGCUACACUGUGGUCUACGGCGUGAUGUGGCACUUUGCAUCCCACUCCGACAGAAAUUCAUCCACCACGGCGUCUGGAUUCUCCCAGUCUGCGCGGCGGGAUGCCCCACUCCGACGACCACCGCUGAAGACACGUCGCCCUCCUGCUGCACAAGCGCGGCUCCCCCAUCGGCCGAGGCACAUUCGCCAAUGUUGCCGCCCCAUCACAAAACGGGUCGGCGAUGCCCCGAGAGGCAUGCCAACGGCGGGUCUCUCUCGCGAUCAACGGGCUCGCAAUGCUCGAGGAGGCAUGCCGGCCAAGCGGCACGCCGUUUCGACCAGCACCGCCGAAGACCCAUCUCCCCUUGUUCUGCAGGAGCAUGGCGCCCCGUUCGACCGACACCCGCUCACCAGCAGCACCGCGCAGGCGAGCAGCGGGAUCGCAAUUCCCGAGGAGGCAUGCCGGCCACGCCGCACGCUGUUUCGACCAGCACCGCCCAAAGACCCAUCCCCCCCUCGUUCUGCAGGAGCACGGCGCCCCAUUCGACGGCAAUGGGCGCGAAUCGACCAGAACUCACGAGGAACGCGAGAAUCUUGCACGACCGAUCGCGAACCGUCGCGCCCGCGCCCUUCCUCGUCUGCUACAGCCGCAGUUCAACAUCGCCCAACGGCCCGUCUGACUCUCACGAUGACGCAGAAGCAUAACGGCGACCUUGGCGAAUAUCAGUUACGUCUAGCACAAGUCGACGUAUAUAUUGUCAUGCAGAGGCAGAGUGGCGUGAAGGUGCUCCUGCUCGAAGCUGGUGGAGCCAAUGAGGAUGUCCUGAACAUCGAUGUGCCGCAGUUAUGCGUGACGCUCACGCCGAGCGCGCCUUGGGAUUGGAACUACACGACACCUCAGGUGCACCUCGAAAAUCGCACCCUCCCAUUCCCGCGAGGUAUUGGUUUAGGUGGCACUAGCGCCGUUAAUUGCUUGGUAUACACGUGUGGAACGAAAUCCGACAUCGAUAUGUGGGCUGCCCUCAGCGGCGAGGAGGAUUGGUCCUGGGAUGUCGUCCUUCCUUAUUUCAAGAAGGCGAAACCAUACCGACCCCGCAAGCAGACCCACCACAGCCCACCUCUUCCAGAACGGUGUCUACCCGAUGCAGGAGACAGGCCACUACUUUUCAACCUCCCCGUCGGCUGCGUCUCGCCGUCCUCACGCGGAUCCGUGACGAUCAACUCGUCUGACCCGUUCGCUCCGCCCCUCAUCAACCCCAACCUCCUUGCGGACGAGCUCGACCUCUCAGGCUACAUCGUCCGCCAGGGGCUUAAGGCCGGCAUGCGCUACCUCGCCGCGCCCGCCUGGGACAGCUACUUUGUCCGGCCGUUGCAGAACCUGACGACGGACGAGCAAUUCGACGCGUACAUACGCGAGCACGUGGUCAGCUUCGUCAAAGCAUCAGAAGACACAGUCCACGGCUACCUUACGGCUCGAGAACGCUGA